ACGGCGGCAGCACCGUGCACCGGCCGCAGCCGCUGCCGCCCUCCACCAUGCACCAGGGCGGGUUGGCCGCCGCCGCCGCUGACUCGGGCUCGGCCUACGGCGCCCGGCACGGCUUCUCCAGCUACUCCGAGAGCUUCAUGAACGCCACCGCCCCYGCCAACCACAUGAACCCCGUCAGCAACGGCCUCUCCCCGCAGGUGAUGAGCAUCCUGAGCAACCCCAGCGGGGUCCCGCCCCAGCCCCAGGCGGAUUUCUCCAUCUCCCCCCUGCACGGCGGCCUGGACACCACCAACUCCAUCUCGGCCAGCUGCAGCCAGCGCAGCGACUCCAUCAAAUCCGUGGAGAGCCUCCCGACAUCCCAGUCCUACUGUCCCCCCACCUACAGCACCACCAGCUACAGCGUGGACCCYGUGGCCGGCUACCAGUACGGCCAGUAUGGCCAGA